GUUCGCUAUAGCUGCGGUAACGGACGAGGCCCAACCCAAAGCAAUCGCUCUCUCAUUCUGUUAGUUUGCUGAGGAUAGGACUUAAGAAAUCGAUGGACCCGUUUGAAGUGGCAUUUGAGGAUGUUGAAGAUUUGUCACCUGAUUCACCCACUGAUGAUCCUGUUCACGUUGAGAAUCAAUUUCUCACACCCACUAACUCAUUAACAUCCCCAGCCCUGGCAGCGUCAACUGGGACUAAUGCAUCCACGGGCAACAAUGAAGAUGAGGAUGAAGAGGAAGAGGAGGAUAAUGUGGACGUCAACAUCAGAAAUAUUGCAUUCAGGAGGGACCCCAAUAAAUUAGCCAAGACACG